GUGAAACCUCAGCUAGAAGAAAAAGAAGGGAAAACCUUUGAUGUCUUCACUGCAGUGGAGUUUAAAACUCAGGUGGUUGCUGGAACAAACUACUUCAUCAAGGUAGGGGACACGUGGCAAUGGGAUUUUUAUAUUUAUGUUUAA